AUGCCCAGGUUCGCCCAUUCACCAUCCGUGGGAACCUGGCUGGCAUCCCAAACCAACAAGGCGUCGUGCCUACGCGUGCAGAAACCAAACAUGAACCCUGCCGCGAUUCGACAAGCAGAAUCUGUGAAGGUCCAUGCCGCGGAGCCGCAGGGCCUCUCUACGCAGGGCGAGGAGGCGCGCGACAUCCGGGAGAUCGAAGACGUGUUCGGAGCGAAUCUGCAGGCUGCGGAAACCACCAAGUGCGGCACGCCUGUCAUUGCCGAGGCCGCCUUCUCGGCGGCUGCCAGGCCCCGGCCGCGGCCGGCUGCCAUCUUCACCGACGGCGAGUCGGUGCGGCAAGGGCGGCCCUACAAGGCCCUCCUCUCCAAAUCGCACUCCUUCACACCCGAGGCCGUGUGGCAACGCUGGUACCGCAAGCUGCGCCGGGCCAAAGAGAUCGCAGCGGUGGACAAGGACGUGAAGCGCAGCCGCCAGUCCGAGAUCAAACAUGGCCGCGUUGCCAUGCUGGCGACGAUGGACUACAUCGAUCAGCAAGCUCGUGGGCUGCCGACGCUGCUCGGCAACGCGCGGGGCAACUGGAAAAAGCAGGCGCACGCUCGGGACAGACAGAGUUGUGAGCUCGCAGCCGGCACCAGGAACCAAAUCCAGUACCUCCUGGCCUGCCGCCCGACUGCAAGCAAUGCCUGCAAGGUUCCAUGCAAGGAUGCAGUCUCAGAGUAUGCUUGCCAGAAGAAUGUUUACGCAGACUUGGAGUUUGUCAAUGACGUUGGCUACCUUCCAGAUGGAACCUCGCCAAAUACGGUGAACCGUCCGGAGUCCAGCGCUGCGGACCGUCGCAUUGCUGGAUUUCCGUUGCCCCGAACAAGCUUCGUGAAUUCGGUCCCAUUGAACGGUUCCACUGCUCGCGCCACCAUGCCGCUGCGCCAGCUGGACCAGCGUUUGUGGGUUCCAGUGCUCGCGCCACCAUGCCGGCUCCAACACACCCUCCACCAGCUGCGCCAGCUGGACCAGCGUUUGUGGGUUCCAGUGCUCGCGCCACCAUGCCGGCUCCAACACACCCUCCACCAGCUGCGCCAGCUGGACCAGCGUUUGUGGGUUCCAGUGCUCGCGCCACCAUGCCGGCUCCAACACACCCUCCACCAGCUGCGCCAGCUGGACCAGCGUUUGUGGGUUCCAGUGCUCGCACCACCAUGCCGGCUCCAACACACCCUCCACCAGCUGCGCCAGCUGGACCCGCGUUUGUGGGUUCCAGUGCUCGCGCCACCAUGCCGGCUCCAACACACCCUCCACCAGCUGCGCCAGCUGGACCAGCGUUUGUGGGUUCCAGUGCUCGCGCCACCAUGCCGGCUCCAACACACCCUCCACCAGCUGCGCCAGCUGGACCAGCGUUUGUGGGUUCCAGUGCUCGCGCCACCAUGCCGGCUCCAACACACCCUCCACCAGCUGCGCCAGCUGGACCAGCGUUUGUGGGUUCCAGUGCUCGCGCCGCCAUGCCGGCUCCAACACACCCUCCACCAGCUGCGCCAGCUGGACCCACCAUUGCCACGCAUGGAAGGUCCGAGUACAGAUGCCUAUGCCGACCUGGACUACAGCAACUGGGAUGCCUUGGUUACGCAAGUGAUCACCACCUUCACGGAGAUGUUCGAGGCCCUCAUCGAGUGA